CAUGCGAUACAAUUUUAGAGCAAAAACAGUUGUUUUGUUAGGUUGUUCAACCGUCACAACAAAUUUUGACAGUUGAGGCCGGUUGAGGUUACAUUGUACAGUAGAGACUUAGAGCGGAACUUAUGACGGUUGUUCGUCUUGACAAAACAAUUGCAUUUACGCUAGAAAUUUAAGGCAUGCACGUGAGAUAUUCGACCGUUAGCUAAUCACUCUAUAUUACUGUACAUACUUAUAUGAAAUUAGUGUACAUACAUAUAUCUCUGCGUACACGCAAAGUCACAUUGGAUUCACCAAACGAUUGGCGAUCUUUCAAAUGUCUAGUCAAUGCGUUGAUUUCAUAACAAUUGUUUAUGGAGAAGAUGGAAAAACAAAUCGUUUACUGGAUACUGUUUAAACUUUAAUUUGAGUGCACCUAUAAUUUUUGCAAUAUACCGCAGCUAGAGACCGAAUAAUAAGAAAAUGCAAGGUAAUAAUGAAAAUGAGCUAAAAGUAAGAAAGCGAAAAAAUCUGACUGUCCAUGAAAAGUUGACAAUUUUGAAAACACUAGACAACGAUGUUGGAUGUUCGACAACAACUAUUGCACAAGAGUAUGGUGUUGACCCAAGGACAAUUAGAAAUUGGAGACAGAAUCGGCAAGAAUUAGAAAAAUUGAGCAACACCAGAUCGAUGAAAACAAAACGAGUUCGAAAAUCUCGGUUUGAACAACUCGAAAAAGCUUUGUACACCUGGUUUCAGGAAAUGCGAUUCAGAGGAGCUCCUGUCAAUGGCCCUGUUAUCAGAGCGAAAGCAUUAGAACUGUCUAAGGAAAUGGAAGAUGGGACUAUGGUAAACUUUGUAGCAAGUGAAGGAUGGCUAAGCAAAUGGAAAUCUAGAUUUGAUAUACAAAAACUUAUUUGUGACAAUAAAGCUGAAGAUGAACCAGGGGAUGAAAUGUUUGUAGAAGAGUUUCCAUUAAUCAUAAAAAAGGAAGAGCCUGGGACUAAUAUUGUUCAGGUUGACGAAACUGAUUUAUAUUAUCAAAUGUUAUCUGCAUGUACUUCCAUAGAGGACCAAGAACGUGAAGCUGUGUGCCUUCAGCAAACUGAAGACCACAAUAUCAAAGCUGCACCAGCAGAAACAAUUGUUAUGCAAAAAUUUCCGAUAAUUGUAAAACAAGAAAAAGUUUCUGAGAGUGAAACUUCUACCAACGAUGAAAUUGAUUUAAAUCAUAAAGCAUUAUCUUUGGAGAAAGAAAAAAAUUGCCAAACUGUGGGUUCAAAACAAAGUAAGACUUCCACUAAUGUAGUUGAACCAACAGAAAGAAUUUUUCUACCAGAAGUUUCUGAAAUUUCCAAACAGGAAAGUCGAAACAAAAACGAAAUUUCAAAUACCAAUGAAACUAGUACAAAUUGUACAAUGUUAUCACAGAAAUCUCCCAAGGAGGAGAAAGAUCCCAUGGAUACAAGUUUUAUGCAAAAUGAGAAUCACAAACAAAUACCAGCUUACACUAACAUAGCUGAAUCAAGAGAAAAUUUUUUUUUUUCAGAAAAUCCGUUAAUAGAGAAAGCGGAGUGGGAAAUUGCUAACACAAAUAAAACACAACCUUCAACUGUGGCAGAGAAAAAUGAUUCUGAAAACCUAGAUCUUAUUAGACGAAAUGAUAAUCGAAUCCGGGUAAUAGGUUACAAUCCUAUCGAAACACCAACAGAUAAAAUUUUUAUUCAAGAGUAUCCAUUACACUGCAAGGAUGAAGAGGUUGUAGCUAGUCAAAUUUUUAAUGCAACUGAAGCUGAUUUGUAUUAUAAGAUGCUCCCAUCUCGUAAUUUAACCGAAGAAAAAGAUCGCGAAGGUAUGGCACUUCAUCAGAAUAAAGACAGAGUUACAGUGAUGACCUGCUACAACUCAAAUGCAUCGCUCAAACUCCCGUUAAUCGUCAUUGGAAGGUAUCCUAAACCAAGGGCUUUGAAAAACAUAUCUAAAUCCACGCUUCCAGUUUACUAUACGGGUGAACCAAGCGCAAUGAUGACCAUUAAUAUUUUUAAAAUUUGGUUCAAGGAAGUAUUUGUACCCCAGGUUACAACUUUUUUAAGAGAAAGCGGCCUUCCUUUAAAAGCAGAGCUUUUGGUCAACGAUGCUACAUCUGAUUCUAAGAACGAAGUUAUUUCGGUCAAUGAUAUCAAAGCAUAUUAUUUACCACAUAAUAAAACAUCUGUCCACCUAUCAGAUCGUGGAACGACUGAUAACUUGAAAAGACGUUACACAUCACUGCUUCUGAGAUCAAUUUUAUAUGCCCAAGAAAAUGGGUUUUCAGUUGGUACACAUUUGAAGUCUGUAAACAUUAGAGAUGUUAUAUAUUGGUUGAGCGACGCUUGGGAUGAAGUCACUCCUAGUAAAGAGAUCAUUUCUGACAAAAAUCCACAGUCCGACAAUCAAAUAUCUGACAUUAAGACAGAAACGACAACCUCAAAUCAAGGCAUAACUGAUCAAGAUCUUUUGAAUCUUUUGCAACAAAUUGAUAGCUAUAAAACUGCAAAAAAAGAAAUUGUGCAUGAAUGGAUUAAGAACAAUGAUAAUGCGUUCGCAAAAAUGCCGACAAAUGAAGAAAUUAUUAAAAUGGUUGAGGAGAACGAUGAACUGGAAGACGACGAUGCUAAUUUAGAUGAGACUGUGAAUGUGAAACCAGAAGAUGUAGUAACUGCAGCUAAUACAAUACUUGCAUUCUUUGAGAGACAUAGUUUUUUGACAAGGGCAGAAUUAGCCACGAUAAGAAAGUCUCCUACAGCCUGUAGCCAGGAAACUGAUUAAGAAAACACAGCACAAGGACCUUCGUUGGACAAGACAAGAGUUUAGGAACAUAAUAGUUUUACUAAAAAUUCACCACAAAUUGAGCAAACAAAAUUGUAUCAGUACAUCAGGGAUAUAUCUACUGAGGACCAAGCGAUGAUAUUUCAACAAGUUUUUUUCACACUCAUUCAGAAUUCGGUUGCAGAAUUAACCUUUCAAUCACGCUGCAGCUACGCUGUGUCAAUAAAUUAGUGACGUAACCGAGUAUCAUAUUGUUCAGUCCCAAUGUUUUCUGUUUUGAAUGUGAUGGACAAUUUGCAAUAACAGAUUCGCGCAAAGCAUUGAAAACCUACGUAAUCUACGGUACAGAUAGACAAGUCAAAAAGUAAUCUAUUUUUGGUGGAUGGUAUUUAUUUAAUCGAAGAUGAAAAUAUCUUGAGAUUGUAGAAUGAACGGUUGCUAUGUAAUAUGUAUAUUACUUCAAGUUUCUAAAUAUUUUUAUUGUAUUUUAUUACAU